AUGUAUUCGGACAACGGAACGAACUUCGUUGGUGCAAACAAUGAACUCCAACAAUUGUCAAGCUUGCUUCAAUGUCCAGAUCAUCAACAAGGAGUAAUGGACACAGCGGCUGAAAACGGUAUCAGAUGGCAUUUUAUACCUCCUAGAGCACCAGAAUUUGGUGGUCUGUGGGAGACCGCUGUUAAAUCUACGAAAUUCCACCUAAAACGAACAGUUCAAGAAGCCCGGCUAACAUACGAACAAUUUUCAACUUAUCUUGCUUUAGUCGAAGCGGCUUUGAAUUCAAGACCAUUGACUGAACGCUCAGAUGAUCCUACAGACGUUGAGCCACUAACACCAGGUCAUUUCCUGAUAGUUGCACCGCUAACUGCACCCCUCCCCCCAACAAAAUCUUCUUCAGACUCCAGAGAAUCGUCUGAAAUAUUGGCAGCGAGUCCAGCAGUUAUUUCAACACUUCUGGAGACGUUAGCAUUUAGAGUACUUGUCAACAUUACAAAAUCGAUCGAAAUGGACAAAACAAGGAAAUGA